GGCUGGUGCGAGGCUGGGUGCGCGGGGUGCCGCAGGGCUGCGAAGAGCGCUCCCACCCCGCCCCCCUCGGCAGGCUCACAGCCGGGGGCUGCUCGCUUGGCUGCAGAGGCACAUCAUGUCCAAAGUGAGGGUGUCCCGUGUGGGGCUUGGGAUGCUGCUGGGUGCGGCUGCAGGGAUCGGGCUCUUGUAUGUAUUCUACAAACAGAGGCGGAAAAGGCCCUGGUGGGGACGCAGCUCCAGGCACUCUGGGGUUCAGUACAUGCAGAACUCUAUGGGGCCCCAUGAAAAUGCAGAGACUCGGGGGCACCAUAACCAGGUUCUGCUUAUAAGACAAGCACCAAUGGAGGCUGGUGAUGGCAUUCAAUACCCAACUCUUUUAACACAAGAAGAGCAGGUGGAAGUGCUGAACCGUCUGGACUUUGUGCUGAAAAACAUUAUAGAGCUACGAAAAGAAGUGGAGGAGCUGAAGAACAGCCUGCAGAGUUUAGCUGGGGAGAUCAUUGGAGAAGUCAAGUCCCAUCUAGAAGAAACCCAGAAGGUAACUCGGCGGAGGCGGUACCCAUUUCCUAGAGAGAGGAGUGAUUCCACAGGGUCCAGCUCUAUUUAUUUCACAGCCAGCUCAAGAGGGGCCAAUACAGAUGAUGGUGAAAGUGAAGGAGGGUACACCACAGCCAAUGCAGAGUCUGACUAUGACCGGGAGUCAGAGAGAGAGAGUGAGGAAGGGGAAGAUGAAGUGAGCUGUGAGACAGUGAAGACUGCACGGAGGGAUUCACUGGACCUAGUCAAUGAGGAUGAAACUGUUUUGGUCUUUGACUCUACAGUGGAGGAGGAAUUUGAUCAGCUGCUGCAACAGGCUGACCAGCUGCAUAGUGGGAAUAACCAGGAGAAGAGGGAAGGAUUCCAGCUGCUGCUUAACAAUAAACUGGUGUAUGGAGACCGGCAAGAUUUCCUUUGGCGCCUGGCUCGAGCAUACAGUGAUCUGUAUGAAAUCACAGAGGAUGCAGAUGAAAAGAAAUCAUAUGCUUCUGAUGGGAAAGAAGAGGCAGAGGCAGCUCUACAGAAAGGGGAUCAAAGUGCUGAGGGUCACCAGUGGUAUGCUAUUCUUUGUGGCCAGUUCUCGGAACAUGAAAGUAUUCAGAAGCGUAUUCAAGCUGGGUAUGUUUUUAAGGAACAUGUUGAUAAAGCAAUUGCCCUGAAACCAGAUGACCCCAAGUCUUACUAUCUUCUGGGCAGGUGGUGUUACCAGAUCGCUCAUCUGGGAUGGCUUGAAAGAAAGACUGCUUCUGCCUUGUAUGAAGCACCCCCUACAGCCACUGUCCAUGAUGCAUUGCAGAACCUUUUAAAGGCUGAAGAGCUGAGCCCAGGAUUUUCCAAAGCAGGAAGGGUGUACAUUUCUAAGUGCUACAGAGACCUGGGGAAUAACUCUGCAGCUGUUCACUGGAUGAAUCUGGCUUCAGAGCUGCCAGUUAUCACAAAUGAGGAUGAAAAAAUCAAGAGGGAGAUGGAGGAGAUGCAAGGAAUCUCAGAAGAAUAAGUAUUUUUUUAAGAGCCCAGUCCUCUGAUAACUGUGGUGUGGACAGGACAAAUUCCAGUCUAAAGGAUUUCACAAUCCGGACAACCUUGGAUUGGGCUUCAUGGGCAAACCACAGAUCUUACAAAAACAAACCAAACUGCAGUUUCAACAGCACUUCCCUGAGGAGUUAAAUCUUGGCAGAGACUCACAGGACUAAACUCUAAUUCUGUUCAUCUGCCUGCCUGUUGCACCAGAUAUAGUCUAAUGAAUCAAGCACUUGACCUGUUCAGUGCAGCAACCAUCAACUUGAUUGGAUUUUAGUUGUUUCCUCUAUGCCUUUGAUUUUCAUUCAUCCACCUACACUUCCCAAGAAGUAUUUAUUGCUCAUCUUCUACCGGGAGAGGACAUAAACAUGUGAAGUUCAAGAUGUGAUGGGAUCCUGUGCUCUAUUUAAUAAAAUGUCACAGGCAUGGUUCUAGUGUGUCAUGAAGGCAGGGAAUCAACAGUCACCCUUAGCUAUGCCUAUAUUUCUUUAUAGUUAGUGAUAACCAUUGCUAAUAGGCAGAGCAGAGAAUGUCCAUCUUUUCUUACUGCUGAGUUCUUUGAUUGCUCAUGGCUUUUUCAGCAAAGGUUUCUUUAGUUGAGAAUUCAGGGUGGGCAUGGCAACCCACUUUCACUUUUACUACUUAAACAAUAUUAACACAGUCUGAAGUCACACAUUGGACACUGGCAUAGCUGAUAAAAUACAGGCCUAACAUUUGCACAGAGGCUUCAACAAGGUACAGGGUAAAGCCAUUGUGCUUGGUGUUUUAUUUUCCAUUGGUUCUAGUUGCCUGCUGUACUGAUGACAGUGAGGCAUUCUUAUUUUCCAUUAAACCUAUGGCUUGAAGUGGGGAGUGACAUUAGAUCAUAAGAAAGGGCAGUUACAAAGAAACCAUAAUACCAAAGGCAAGAGUUCUGCUCAGACCCUCUUCUCCUCCCUCUGAAAACAUCAGUGAUGCCGAGAGCCCACUCCUGUUGUCUCUUUGCAAGUUCAUCUAGCUAGUUAGUGGUUUUAGUCAUCAAGGUAAAACCAGCAAUACUCCAGCAUACAUCUAGGAAAUUAACAUCAUGGGACCAAUGCAUCUGCUUUCAGAGAUGUUCUUCAGAAAUAAGAAUUUAUGUUAAAGAAACGUAUCACUGCCAUAAGAGACCAAGUGAUUAAAAUCUUAAACUUGGAACACAAACUGAAUUUUCUUCACUCACCAAAAAUGCUAAUCUUUUAAUCCAAGUGGAUGCUUUCAGAUUCCUUAAUUGUGAAAGUUUGCUGUUUUCUGCACUCAUCUAAACCUUACCUACCUGAUGUAAAGAAGUUUAGGAGUUGCAGAGGCUGUUCAUUAUCUUUAUGAAGCACUUGCUGCAGAAAGAGAGGAACCACGUGGCAAAACUGACAGUUCGGCACAAAUGCUUUCCACCUCAUUCUGCUAGAUAACAAAUUCAAAGUAUAAUCAAAAUGACACUUUUGGCUGGGGGGCGGUGUCAAGCUAACCACCAAUAUUUGUUCCAGUCUGUUCCAAAUAGCAGAAAGGUUUUUUUUUGUUUGUUUUUUUCCUCCUCUAACACUUUUUUUUUACAGAGGACAACACAACUCACCUUGUUCUAUGCACAGCAACUUCUCCCAGGAAUCUAACUGGGCUUCCUCAUACCUUUUUUAAAAAAUUUCUAUUUUAGCUGGCAGCUAUCUGUGUGUGGGCAUUAAACACUUUAUUACAUGUUGUUAUAUAA